AUGGAUUUUGCCAACCCUCGUGGAUUAGAUGCUAUCGACCUUAAUGAUGAUGAUAUUGAAGAUCAGAGGCAAGAUAGUAUUCAACACUGGCAUUGGAAAGAGGAUGAGAUGCUGAUCAGUGGAUGGUUAAAUGUUUCAACUGACCCUGUAGUUGGUACCAAUCAAAAGGGAAAAAUAUUUUGGAGUCGAAUUCAUAGCUACCGGGUAGAAUUUUGCACCGACAUGACAAGGGGGAUAGUUGCAUGUAAGAAACGAUGGUAUAAGAUCAACAAGGCUGUUGCACAAUUUGCUGGUUGCUACGAUCAAGCUAGUCGAAACAUAAGGAGUGGUUCGAACGCUGAUGAUAUAAAGGAGUUGGCUUAUAAACUUUAUUCCACAAAUUAUUGUCAAAAGUUUACUUUUGAGAGGCAUUGGAACAUGCUUUGGUUGGAGCAAAAAUGA